ACUUUCUCCUUUAAACUAAUGACAGUACAAAGACUCAGGACGCGUUCUGUCCUCGCGCAAAACGAGCUCCGAACACUUCCGCUCCGCUCUACCGUCAGCAGCAUCUCUCCUCGGCGUCUCCUCCGUUAACAUUCCCUCUGCGUGCAGACCGCGCGUGAUGGCCGCGUAUAAGCUGGUGCUGAUCCGCCACGGCGAGAGCUGCUGGAACCAGGAGAACCGAUUCUGCGGCUGGUUCGACGCCGAUCUGAGCGAAACCGGAGCGGAGGAGGCCAAGAGGGGCGGCCAGGCCCUGAAAGAUGCAGGUUAUGAGUUUGACAUCUGCUACACAUCUGUGCUGAAGCGUGCCGUCAGGACCCUGUGGCUGGUGCUGGACCGCAUCGAUCAGAUGUGGCUGCCCGUGCAUCGCACCUGGCGUCUGAACGAGCGGCACUACGGCGGCCUGACGGGCCUCAACAAAGCCGAGACGGCGGCCAAACACGGCGAGGCGC